GAAAUUUGUCAAAAUUAUAAACAUUUUGUGAAUGAAAGACUCAGUUCUUCAGUCAAUAAUGAGCAGCCAGCAGAGCAUGUUGGAGAGAUUCUCAAUCUCACCAGAAGAUUAUCUGGAGCGCCAUCAUGUGUUGACGUACUUAGAAGAUGCAGUGACCCAGCUGCUAGAGUUCAAAGAUGAUCAACCUAAAGCAGAUCCAGCCAUCUUCCUUCAAGAAUAUUUCACCAGUAUCUUGAAAGGUACCAAUGUGUUGUAUAGGGAGUAUGACUAUGUUCGCUCCACGCCCCACAACCGAUCUGCCUUCGUCAAGCUAUUUUGGAGAUGCUUCAAGUACAUCGGCAAGCAAGGAGAUCUACUAACAGUCAGUGAAUACCACUCCCUGCUUAGUCUACUCUGCCCAGACUUUCCUGUUGACCCAGUCCAUCGUACAGCAAGGAUAAUCUUCCUCGAAGAUGCGAUGGACUCACUGACAUCGUUUGCUGAUUUCCUCUUUGCAUUCCAAGUCCAGUUCUACUAUGAUGAAUUUCUUCAGCGUUGUCUGGAUAUCUAUGAACGUCAGAUCUCUGCUGCCCAGAGCCCACGAGAGACUGUCUACAUUCCCAGCGAGGCAUCUCCACGGCAACAGAAGAAGCCAUCGCAGUCCUCUGCAGAUCACCCUCUUCCUGAAGGGGUCGACACCCGAUAUUUCCUGGAUGCGAUCUCUAAGGAAAGCCAGAGGGCUAAGUACAGCUACCCAGAGAUGUCCGACCUGCGAGGUGUUCUCUCCAGCAGCAGAACAUCUUUCUAUGGCUUCCUGGUAGCGCUGUCCAAAGACGAUGCAAUCAAUGCGGGAAUUGGUGUGCUGCCUUCUAGGUCAGCUCUGUAUGAUGAUCUAUCUGGUACUCCGCCUGCUUCUCUUGAAAGGAAAAGCAAACGGAAUACAGCAACUCGACUUGGAGGGAUGUCAUUGAGGCAAGAUGAGAAAUGAGAUUGGGAGGCUGGAUGAGAGGCUCAACCAAUCCUUCCAGGCU